ACUAUUGGUUAGUUGUUCUUGUUAAUUGCUAGUAAAAUUGUUAUUUGUUUGUUAAUAAUUGUUAAAUAUUGUUAGUAAUGUAUAAUCACUCCGAUAGAGCUAGGGACAAAAAUUGUUAAAACACGAAAACACCUUGAACACGCCUAACAAUCUAAAAGCACGGAGGGUUCGAAAAAGAGGGGAUAAGAGAGUUGCCAGAUGAAUGCCUCGUCAAAAAGAGAAUAAAUAAAGGUUGAUGAGGGAAAAGGAAGGAAAAGGGGGAGCAGGCUACUGGGUCGAAUAGCGCUAAAGCUAAAGCCUAUUCAAAUCUUGAGCUCAAAGCGAACAGACACGGAAAUCUUACCACCGUAUUAAAGUGACCGUUGCAGUUUAGAAGUUAGUACUUGAAAAAGUUUUAGUAAACCACCUGAGUGGAAUUCAAAGUUGGAAUCAGGACCCAUUACCGUUGGCCUGCUAAAGGUCUCCCACGAGCCGCCAAAUUCCGUGGUGAACACCUGGAAGCAGCCUCCGCUUUAGGGCCUCCGUCUAAAAAGUGCCCAGUACGACGACCCGUUUGAGAGUCCAUAGCGUCCUCUGACCCCUUGGUGCAACCCUGGAAGACCCCAGUACUCCGAAGCAUCGGCCUCGCCGGUCAAGCCGCGCCCCGGUCAACCGUUUUGUGUUCUCUGAAGACCUCAGGGACCUGCGAGGACGUCCUGGACCCGUGGACAGCCCGAAAACCCGCCAGAUCAUCAAGAACCCCUCCACGUGCUGCACUUCCGCCGGCCGGCCUCAUCGAGACGAGAUACACGCCACACCUCCUACACUCACACACCUCGUAAGUCCAAUAAACCAAUUAUAGAAAGAAGAGUGCGUUUUCUUGAACCCUUGACGAGCUCACGCCGACCCUAAGAGUCUCUCGUGCUAGGGCAGGUCCAUCCGACCCGCCGGGUAACAAUUGACGCCCAACUGAAAAAGCUCUGAUCAAGGAUUCAAGUGACCACUCUCUCGGAGUGAACAGAAAAUUAGGUUAUCAAAUUAUAGUGUUCUAUGGAAUCAGAUUUGCAAAAGCAGUGAAAUCGAGCCGGUAGCACCAAAUAGUUCUUGCCCGUAAAGUGAAAAUUUUCUAAAUAGCAUACUACUAGUGCGCGUACCCUCACAAAAGCUCGCAGUGUGGCUGUGUAUGCACCAAAUAGCGAAAUAUUAGGAAACGAAUUGAAUUGGUUGAAGUUUUUUUUGUUAAUGGGUCUUGAUUCGCCUAAAAAUCCUUAGUAGUGAAUUUUUCAAUUGAAAGUAUUUUUUCGAUCGGAUAUUGUGUAUGAAUAAAGCGAACAUCGUCACAAUAGCCUGCAUUCAUUACUCGAAUAGCGCCAUUCAACAGAACAAUGGACAUGCAAACAAUGUACGCGUCCAUGGAUGUCUCCCAUCUUUCAGUCGAUGAGGUAGAAUACGAGUUAUUGAUUAGGAACAUUUUGUUCCACUUCGAUGAGCAUGAAAGUAUCAAGAGAAGAAAACUCAAGGACAAAUUGAAAAGUGAGAAAGAAACGAAGUCGUUUGCUUUUUCACAACCGUGGCGAAAUUUGGAUGAAGAGUUAGUCACUAUAAGUUCAAAGCUUAAGGUCAUUGGUGGUUUACUCGAGAAUCCUAAAACCGAUGCUAGGCAACGUCAGAAGUUAAAAACGCGUUUAGUUCACUACCGUGUUCGAAACUACAUUUUAUCCAAAGCUAAGGGAGCAGACAAGUUCAGAAACGAAAUAGUUAAAGUGGGACGUCAAGCGACGGAACUGUUCGGGCGAUUUUUCCCCGAAGUGAAUGAAGCUGGCGCCCAUUCAGAAGAUUCCGAACGGCUAGAAACAGACUUGAAUAAUGUGCUAGAAGAAGUUAGAAGUGAAAUAGAAGUUCUGAACGAAACAACCGCGUCAGGAAAAGAGAUAGAGGAAGAGUUAGAACAGGCAGCAGCGACGAGCCAGGUAUUAGAGUUGAAGAAGAAGGAAAUGAAUGACUCCCUUAAGCGGGCAGAAGAUAUUUUGAAAGUGUUGUCGGAGUAUGAGGAAGGAAAGAAAGAAAAUCCGAUGGAGCUUAUCGCGGUUUUCAAAACGUUUGUGCGACAAACCACCGAGCAGCAAAGGCAGAUGAGAGAAAAGCAAAUCGUAGAAGAGGAAAGAAAAAUGAAGGAAGCAAAAGAUAGCAUGGAACGGAAAAAGAGAUUAGAAAAAGUGCUGAUCAGUUUGAAUGAUCGUCUCAAAAAAGAGCCAGAUGGUUCUGAUGAGAAAAGCCCAAUGAAAAGUAUAGAGCAGGAGAAACCAAAGGUUCAGUUAGAGGAUAGAAAGCAGGGGGAGAAAAUGAUUAGUUUCAAACACGAUUCAGAUGAUUGCGGACAGGACAUUUCUGAUGAGAGUAGAGAGAAGUCGAAACAUAGGAAAGAGCGUAAAUCAGUCAAGAAGGGAAAUAGCUCGUCGAAACGAGGAAAGAAGAAGCGACAUCGUAAACCGAGCUAUUCGUCGACUUCUAGCACAACGUCCGUUACAGAAAGCUCCGAGUUUUCUAGUUCGGGAAGUAGUUCAGGUUCAGGUACGGAUACCGAUUCAGAGCACAGGAGAAAGGGAAGAGGAAGGAGGGAAAGUAGGAGAAAUAGAGAGCUGAAGAGAAUGCCUGUUGCUGAGUGGAGAUUGAAGUACGAUGGGAAGGAUCAGGGUCGAAAGUUGUCCGAAUUUUUGAAGGAGAUUAAAAUGAGAUGUAUUUCCGAGGACAUCUCAGAGAAAGAGUUAUUUAGGAGUGCCAUUCAUCUCUUCUCAGGUCGCGCGAAAGACUGGUUCAUUGAGGGAGUUGAAAAUAAAGAUUUUCGGAACUGGCAUGAGCUAAAAAGGGAACUAAAACGGGAAUUUUUGCCUCCCGAUUUGGAUUUCCAGCUUGAGGUACAAGCCACAGAAAGACGUCAGGCCAGGGGUGAGAAAUUUACUGAUUAUCUUCAUGAUAUGAUGAAAAUUUUCCACUCGAUGACCCGGCCAAUCUCAGAUCGUAGGAAGUUCGACAUCAUCUGGCGUAAUCUCCGCUUCGAUUAUAAAAACGCCAUGACCGGUGCAGGAGUUAGAUCGUUAUCCAAGCUGAAAAAGUACGGACGCAUUAUUGAUGAGAAUUUUUGGUCGAUGUUCCAUAAAUCUCACGACAAUAUGACCCGGGGUAGAAAUGCUCAGGUCAAUGAAGUUUCUGCAUCGGAUCCGUCUAAGUCCAAAGCUUUCCCUCAAAAUUCGAGCACUGCGACACGUGUCUUCACUCGCAGCAAGCCUAGAAAUGAACCCACAGAGAAAACCAAACCAUUAUCGGAGACGAAAAAUGUAGGAGAGAAGAAGGGAGAAAAGCCUGCGGACCCGAUGGAGGGUUCGUCGAAAGGGACUCUGAUAGCGAUGGCUGAAAAUUAUCGACGGCCGCCUUUCGGGGUGUGCUAUAACUGCAGAUUGAGUGGGCAUCAUUAUGCAGAUUGCCCCAAACCAAAGGGCAAAUUUUGUAGAAUAUGUGGGUUUGCGGAUGUAAUUACUCCCGCUUGUCCAGUGUGCCAAAAAAACGAGGCGGAUUCAGCUUGAGGAGGCAAGCUGAAGUUGGUCGCCAAAACCCUCCACAAUAUGAUCGUGUCACUGAGGAGCUUGCAGUCAAUGGAUUUGAACCCGUCUCUGAGAACGAUUACUCUCCCGUCUCCAGCGUGGAAGAGCUUUCCGUUCGGGUCGAUGGAGACACUCGGCCGUUUGUAAAAGUGAGUGUGCUUGGAAGGGAAAUUAUCGGUCUUUUAGACAGUGGAGCUCACCGCUCAGUCUUAGGAGCAGGGUGCAAAAAGCUUAUCAAUUUGCUAAAAUUGAAAAUUUUUCCUUCUGAUGUACAGGUACAGACUGCAUCAGGCUCCACAAUUGAGGUUGAAGGUUUUGUGUAUUUGCCCAUCACUUUCAACGAUGAAAACCGCAUUAUUAAGACUCUCGUGGCGCCCAAACUCAAACGUAGAUUGAUUUUAGGAUUUAAUGAUUUCUGGAGAGCUUUUAAAAUACAACCCGUUGUCUUAAGUCGAGAGUCUCGGAGAAGGGAAAAAGAGUUGGUUGAAAACUUGAAAGUGGAGGAGUUGGAGUGGAAUGAGAAAGGGGAAAAGGAGGGAGAUCUAAGCGAGACGCAAAAAGCCCAGUUAGAGGAGGUCAAGCUCCAAUUUAAAAUUGCAAUAGAGGGGCAAAUUUUAGAUGUUACUCCUCUCGCGACUCAUAAAAUAGAGCUCAAGGAUGAGUUUAAAAAUGCACCCCCUAUCAGGAUAAAUCCAUAUCCGACAUC